AUGUACGACUCUCUGCUGCUCGUGCUGCACAAGCUCUUUCUCUUCUAUAACGUGAGCGCGCUCAAAAGCGCGUGGCCGUGGCGACGGAAGCGGGAGCGCGCCGCGCUUCAGGUCGCCACCGCCCCCGUGCCCGCGCUCCCGGCUCUGAGGCGCGGGGACGUGCUGGAGGUGGAGCGCACGCUGUUCGUGCACAGCGGGAUUUACCUGGGCCGGGACCGCGUGGCUCACCUGAUGCCCGACAUCCUGCCCGCGCUCACCGGGGAGCGCGCGCCACCCGCGCCCGCCGUCACUAACGCGCGCCUCAUCCUGGGCUGCGUGACCCGGCGCGCGAGCGUGCGCGUGGACUCCGUGACGGACUUCGCGUACGGGGCCGCGCUGCGCGUCAACGAGCUGGACCGGCGCGUGAACGCGCGCGCCAUAGCGUCCGAGCAGGUGGCGCAGCGGGCCGAGGGGCUCGUGGGGCGCGUGCAGUACAGCCUCCUGUGGAAUAACUGCGAGCACUUCGUGACCUACUGCAGGUACGGGACCGCGGUCAGUCUGCAGACCGACAAGUUCUGUAACUGUUUGAAGACGAUGAUUCAGGAUCAGAGGAGCGUUCUCUUCACCAUCCUGCUGGGUCUGAUCUCCAUCCUUUGGUUCGGACCGGCACCUUCUACCACGUUACCCACAAUCCUCAUACCCUUCGCUCUCUGGAUGGCGGGCUGAACCACAGUUUACAGACUGAUUUUGUGGACUGGACUUGUUAGCCGUUGGUAUUUUGUGGUCUGAACGAUGCCAAAAAAUAUAAACUCGGUCCUACCUGACAUUCCACUCAGUACCAGGUCCUGACCGACCCUCUUCUUUCUUCAGCUACGGUACCAGCGGCUACCUGCAGCACAAAUACCGCCGUGUGUGUUCAGUACUGAGCGGGUAAUCGUUUAAAAAGCACUUUUAUUUUGCACAAUGCAGCUGAAGCGAUUCAGCAAGCGACUGGUUAGCUAACUAGCAAACGAAGCGAAACGAAGUAAAAUUGCUUUGUUUGCAAUGUAGCUGGAGUCGUGUUAGUUUGCUGAUUCCCAAAGUGAUCGGUCAAUGUACAUAGUUAUAUUAGGUUGCUAAUUAGUAAGCUAACCAAUAGGCAGGCUAAUUAGCGAGCUGUGGAGCCGGAUUGGUGCCAGAUCAGUUUGGUAAUUCCCCAGCUAUCCAGUUAGCAUGCUAAACGAUUUGUGUUAUAACUAGCUGCUGGGCUAACUUGCUAUAUUGCCAACUACAGAAACAGUAAUGUUCUUUUGUAUGUUCUCUUUUGAGCUGUGAUGUACGUAUAACUAUUAGCUUUCUAAAAUGGUUAGCAUAACAGAUCUGCCAUGCUAAACAGUUAGCAGAAUACAGUAACUGUGCCUUAUCAGAAGAAGCAUCUUUACUGAUUGGUCCAUUUAUGUUUCCAGUUAGGUUUUCGGCUAGCUAGCAGGCUACUUAGCAUUUUGCUAACAUUCUGGUGGAUAGCGAGCCUGCAGAAUAAAAGUAAAGAAUGUUCAUUGGCUAAUUGGUUGCUGUACAGAUUACAUAGUACUUUAACUAGUAAGUAAAAUGUAAAACAUAAUACCAAUUUCAAACUCUUUUGCUAAUUAGCCAGUAAAACAACGAUCUGGUGGCAGACACAAUGCUAAAUAAAUUGCUAAAUUAAGGCUUUACGUUCAAAACGCCAAAACGCAGCAAAUUCUGGUGCGUAGCUAGAAAAAACUACCUUGCUAAAUAACUAGGAGAGUGAAGAAAUCAUAGCUUGUUGGCUGCUAAUUAAACUAAACAUGUUGCUAAAUUAAAUGCUAGAUAGGUCACUUAGCUGGUGCGCUAACUGUCUUUGUUGCUAACUAGCUAGCAGAUUAAAGUCAGAGCUUUGUUGGUUGUUGUACAGAUGGAGUUACAUUCAGAGUCUGAACACAGCAGACGAUUUUUUAUAUAUUAAAAUAUUAUUAUUAUUAUUAUUAUUUUUACAUCAUUAGCAAAUAGCUUAAAACUGAAAUGCGUUCUGGGUAUUUUAAGCCCGUGACUUGCACACUGAUGACUUUUGCACAAACUUUGGGCUAAAAGUAACGAAGCAGCCCUCUAAAUGAUGAACGGGAUGAGGGGAUUGUUGCCAAUAAAAGCAAUAAAAUAAAGUGGAUGUGGACGAGGGCAGUGCUGUACAGGAUUGGAACACAGCCAUUACUUAUAAACAUUAAAAAUGAGAUGAAGCUUUUUUCUACCUAUUAUUGUACAUGACGUGAUGUCUUAGUGUUUUAUAACACAGAAUAUUUGUACUAUUGUAUUAAAAUGCUAUAUUUUUACUGUAACAUGUUAUAUACGUUCACAUGUAUUUGUUUAUGUAUUUAGAUUGUAGUACUGAUUCACACGUUCACUGUAUUAUAGCGUCUGUACAUGUUGAUUUGUUUGUUUUGUACCACAAUAAGAAGCAUAAAACGAUCAAGCUUACAUAACGUCUGUAUAUUCGUACAUUGAGGGGUAUCUGUAUUGUACCUUAAACUCAUUAAAGAUACAGUAAUACACUCUU